AUGACAGACCCAUUGAAAUCUUACGACUCCGCCGGUCGCCCCAAACCUACCCCGAUCUCGCAGAAAGUGUACAACAUCGCCGGCAUCUCGGUCACAGUCUACGGUCUCGAUGAACUUCGAUCUCAAACCAAAAAUGUCGCCUGCUUAUGGCUUCUGCACCCUCGUCUGGCCACCCAGGCGCGCAUGACCGGUAUUGCGGAGGCGACCAUCAAUGAUUGGAAUAGGAAGAUCCAGACCCCCGCGGCGGCGAAAGGGUUGAUUGCCGUGUCGUUCGAUCAGCGAAAUCAUGGCGCAAGAAUGGUGGAUCCAUUGGCAAAUGAGGCGUGGAGACAGGGGAAUCCGCGACAUGCGCAGGAUAUGUUUUCCAUCUUUCAGGGCACGGCACGCGAUACUUCGCUGUUAAUGGACUACCUGGCCGCAUUCACCUUCCCCAACGGCGAACACCAAAUCACCGAGAAUCUGGUCCUGGGCGUCUCACUCGGCGGACACGCCGCCUGGAGCUGCCUUUUACAUGAACCGCGCGUAAGCGCCGGCGUCGUGAUCAUCGGAUGUCCCGACUAUCUCAAUCUCAUGACUGACCGAGCCCGACUGUCCAAAUUGCCAUCUUGGACCAAGAGCGACCCCCCCGGCGCUGAGAUUCUCGGUUCCGAGGCCUUCCCUACAUCAUUUGUGGAUACUGUCAAGAGAUACGAUCCUGCCAGUUUGAUGCUGAGUGGUAUGGAUGCGACUUCAACGGGGCUACCUCGCGAGAGCGAAAAGGCCUUGCCUGAGCCGUCGGAGGAGCAAAAGAAGGAGCUACGACCAUUAUUGACUCGUCUGUUGGCUGGGAAGAGGAUCUUGAAUCUAUCGGGUGGAGUGGAUAAAUUGGUGCCGUAUCAUCGGGGCGAGGCCUUUUUGACGUGGUUUAAGAAAGCGGUUGCGGCGGAUGGAUGGUUUGGUGAUGGGGGCGUGACUUUUGAGGAUAUUAUCGAUAAGUCGGCGGGUCAUGAGGUCACGCCAAAGAUGGUCGAUGAGGCGGUUCGGUUUGUUAGUGAAACGCUGGCGACAAGCUCCGAGACUCGAGACCGGAGAGGUUCAGUGCGCGAGUCCAAGAUUUGA